AUGGAAAUUUAUCAAGUCAUGAAAAUUGUUGCCUCUUUGCUUUUGGUUUGGUUUUUGGGACUAGUGUUGUAUGCAUACAAUGCACUAGUGACAAAACCAGAAAAACUUAGGUCUAUUAUGAGAAAACAAGGCAUAAAUGGCCCUUCACCCACCAUUCUUUUUGGGAAUACUUUGCAGAUUAUGAAGUACAGAAAAAAUGCCAAAAAGAAGCCAUAUAUAUGUGGUCAAGUUCCUGCUAACCAUAAUUGUAUCAAUUCUGUCUUGCCUUUCAUUGAGGAAUGGCAGAAAAAAUAUGGAAAAAUAUUCAUGUUUUCUCUGGGAAAUACACAAAUAUUAAAUGUGACACAAGUGGACUUGAUCAAAGAGACAACAAUGUGCACAUCACUAGAUUGGGGAAAACCAACUUAUCAAGUGAAAGAGCGUGGUUCUUUACUUGGUACUGGCAUUAUCACAGCCAAUGGAAAUCAUUGGGCAUAUCAAAGGAAAGUCAUUGCACCUGAAUUUUAUAUGGACAAGGUUAAGGGAAUGACAAACUUAAUUCAAGAAUCUGCAUUAUCCCUCGUGAAAUCAUGGAAAAAGAAAAUUGAAGCUGAAAAAGACAUUAUUGACAUCAAAAUUGAUCCGUACUUAAGAAGUUUUUCUGGAGAUGUGAUAUCAAAGGCAUGUUUUGGAAGUAAUUAUUUAGAAGGAGAAGAGAUUUUUGUGAGGCUUCGUGCUCUUGAAGAAGUUUGUACCAAAAGAUUUCUCUUUUCUGGAAUUCCUGGCAUGAGGUAUUUACCAACAAAAAGCAAUAGGGAAAUGUGGGCAUUAGAAAAGGAAACUCGCACAUUAAUCUUGAAGUUGGUCAAAGAAAGGAAGAAAACUGGAUAUGAGAAGGACUUGUUACAAACAAUUCUCGAAGGAGCAGAAAAUAGCAAUUUAAAUUCAGAUGAAAUUGAUCAGUUCAUUGUUGAUAAUUGCAAGAACAUUUAUUUGGCUGGAUUUGAGACAACUGCUGUUUCUGCAACUUGGUGUCUUAUGUUAUUAGCUGCAUAUCCCAAUUGGCAAGAAAAAGUACGUUCUGAAGUUCAAGAAAUCUGCAAAGGCCAAAUUCCAGAUUCUGAUAUGAUUCGACAUAUGAAACUG